CCGCUUCCGAAGCCGCUCUCGCUCCCGCUCCCGCUGCCGCCGCCGCCGCCGCUAUCGGUGCGUCUAGCAGGAGGUGCUGGUGCUGGGGAGACACAUCAUUUGGCGGAGUGAAGCGGCUAAUUGCGGAGCCCCAUCCCUCAUUUGCAUAGGCAGCCGGAGUCCGCUGGAGCCCGGCCAAUCCGAGCUCGCCCCCUCCAUUAAUCGCCAUGCAUUAUUCACCAGCCUAAUUACACAGCCCCAUGCGCAAUCCGCGCAGCCGCCGCCGCCGCCGCCGCACCGCACUCCUCAGACUCGCACCAGCUAAUUCCCUGCAAUUUCCCCCCCAACACGACUUAUUUGCGAACAAUUUUCACACACACAACCCCCCCGUUUGCUGUUUUGCUGAUGCCUCUGCAAAAAGCAGAACCAACUCGCAGUUAGCAGCAUGUCUCGUCGAAAGCAAGCCAAGCCCCAGCAUCUGAAAUCGGACGAGGAGCUCCAGCAGUCCGAGGUAGUUUCUGAACACGCCGUCCCAGGGGAAGGCGCAGAUGAUGGUGAUAGUGGGAAUGAAAGCAGAAGUGGAAGUGAAGAAACAAAUGUUUGUGAGAAAUGCUGUGCAGAAUUCUUCAAAUGGACAGACUUUCUGGAGCACAAGAAGAAUUGCACAAAAAACCCACUGGUGUUGAUUGUGAACGAAGAUGAACCAGCACCACCCUCUGAAGAAUUCCCUGAACCUUCGCCUGCUAGUUCUCCCAGUGACCAGACUGAGAGUGAGGUCACGGAAGAAAACAUUCAGACAGAAAACAAUGAGAGCUGUGAGGUGAAGGUGGCAGAGAAGGAGGAAGAGCCAAUGGAAGUGGAAACUUCUGGGGAGAAAAGCUACCAGAAUCAAGGCACUUCAAACGCCACUCCGACCACCCCUCUACCUCAGAUUCCAGAACCAUCUUCCAUGACCAAUUAUAACAUGCCAAACACUAAUGUUACAUUAGAAACUCUCCUGAGCACUAAAGUGGCUGUGGCCCAGUUCUCCCAAAAUGCAAGAUCCUCGGGGAGUGCAAAUGCAAGCAGUGGGGUGACCGCCAUGGCCAUCCCGAUGAUCCUGGAACAGCUCAUGGCCUUGCAGCAGCAGCAGAUCCACCAGCUCCAGCUCAUUGAGCAGAUUCGUAGUCAGGUAGCCAUGAUGAACCGACAGCCUCUCCGGCCCUCUUUAAACCCAGCAGUGGCUUCUCAGAAUGCUCCGGUAGCAGCAUCUAACCAGCUCCAAGGGUUUGCUGCACAUUCUGCUCUUCAGUUAACUACUGCAGUCCCCCCAACCGUGGCUGGGCAAGCUACAAACAAUCCACCUUCUACCUUUGAGGGCUCUCAGCACAUCUCCCAGCCUACGUCUGGAGCAAGCACCCCGAACGUAUCCAGUAAUGGAUCUUCUUCUGCACCAACAGAACCUAGUACAUCCUCAUCUGCUAAUGCAGUUCCAGUGUCCAUAACUCCUGCUUCUGUGUCAAAUACUACUAACAGUUCUUCACAGCCCCAGAACACUUCAACUCCACCCACCCUGGGUCAUGGAAAUCUUCUCACCUCAACUUCCAGUCUGCCAAACCCACUUCUACCUCAGACCUCAUCAAAUAGUGUGAUCUUUCCCAACCCGCUGGUUAGCAUUGCCGCAACUGCUAAUGCAUUAGACCCCCUAUCCGCCCUCAUGAAACACCGCAAAGGAAAACCACCAAAUGUGUCGGUGUUUGAACCUAAGUCAAGCUCUGAGGAUCCAUUUUUUAAACAUAAGUGUAGAUUUUGUGCCAAGGUCUUUGGAAGUGAUAGCGCUUUACAAAUUCAUUUGCGUUCUCACACAGGAGAGAGGCCUUUUAAGUGUAACAUAUGUGGGAAUCGAUUUUCAACUAAAGGCAAUCUAAAAGUGCAUUUUCAGAGGCACAAGGAGAAGUAUCCCCAUAUCCAGAUGAAUCCUUACCCUGUUCCAGAAUACCUCGACAAUGUCCCCACUUGCUCUGGAAUUCCCUAUGGAAUGUCACUGCCGCCUGAGAAACCAGUGACAACCUGGCUAGACAGCAAGCCAGUGUUGCCAACUGUCCCCACAUCCAUUGGACUGCAGCUUCCUCCCACUAUACCUGGUGUUAAUAACUAUAGCGACUCUCCAAGUAUCACUCCCAUAAGCCGGUCACCUCAGAGGCCAUCUCCUGCUUCCAGUGAAUGCACUUCUUUAUCCCCUGGUCUCAACAAUUCCGAGUCAGGCAUAACAGUGACUGCAGAAUCCCCACAACCAAUUCACAGUGGGUCUUCUCUAACAAAAACUGAACCUAUCAGUUUGCCUUCCACAAACACACGAGUGGGAGAAGUCUCCAUCAGCGUGCAAGUUACUACAGUUUCCACUUCGAUUGUUACCACUGUAACAGAUAGUAGUGUUUCCACAACCCUCCCCAACCCUGUGCUUCCAGCAAUCUCUGACCAGUUCAAAGCAAAGUUCCCAUUUGGUGGUCUGCUUGACUCUAUGCAAACAUCAGAAACCUCAAAGCUGCAACAGUUAGUUGAGAACAUUGAUAAGAAGAUGACAGAUCCAAAUCAAUGUGUCAUUUGUCACCGGGUGCUUAGUUGUCAGAGUGCUCUCAAGAUGCAUUACAGAACACAUACAGGAGAAAGACCAUUUAAAUGCAAAAUUUGUGGACGUGCCUUUACUACAAAAGGCAAUCUAAAAACACAUUUUGGAGUUCAUCGAGCGAAGCCACCACUAAGAGUACAGCAUUCAUGUCCCAUUUGUCAAAAGAAAUUUACAAAUGCUGUUGUUCUUCAGCAACAUAUUCGUAUGCAUAUGGGGGGACAAAUCCCAAACACACCAUUACCAGAGGGCUUCCAAGAUGCCAUGGAUUCAGAACUUUCUUAUGAUGAAAAAAACAUCGAAACCCUGAGCAACUAUGAUGAUGACAUUGACGAAAAUUCUAUGGAAGAAGACCCAGAGCUAAAGGACACAGCUAGUGACUCAUCCAAACCACUAAUAUCUUACUCUGGGUCAUGUCCCCCUUCACCACCUUCUGUAAUCUCUAGCAUUGCUGCCCUGGAGAAUCAGAUGAAAAUGAUUGAUUCUGUCAUGAACUGUCAGCAGUUGACCAGCUUGAAAUCCAUAGAAAAUGGAUCAGGGGAAAGUGACCAUUUAAGUAAUGAUUCCUCAUCAGCUGUAGGUGAUCUUGAAAGCCAGAGCGCAGGCAGUCCUGCCAUGUCAGAAUCAUCUUCAUCCAUGCAAGCAUUGUCCCCAGUAAACAGCAACGGUGAAAGUUUUCCUUCCAAGUCUCCAGGCCUGAGCAACCAAGAAGACCCCCAAGAAACACCACUAAAGACAGAAAAACCAGACAGUCCACCACCUGCUCCUGAAAAUGGAGGUGCACUCGAUCUGACAGCUCCUACCCCGGGCAGACCAGUCAUCAAGGAGGAAGCUCCUUUUAACCUGCUGUUCCUCAACAGAGAACGUGGUAAGUUUAAAAGUACUGUUUGUAAUAUCUGUGGCAAGCCUUUUGCUUGUAAGAGUGCAUUGGAAAUUCACUACCGCAGCCAUACUAAAGAACGUCCAUUUGUUUGUACAGUCUGCAGUCGCGGGUGUUCCACUAUGGGUAAUUUAAAACAGCACUUACUGACACACAAAUUAAAAGAGCUGCCUUCUCAGUUAUUUGAACCCAACUUUACUCUAGGUCCCAGCCAAAGUACUCCUAGCCUGGUCACCAGCACUGCGCCUACCAUGAUCAAAAUGGAAGUGAAUGGUCACAGCAAGCCGAUCUCACUGGGGGAGGGCCCUCUGCUUCCAGCUGGAAUCCAGGUUCCUGCUGCACCACAGACAGUGAUGAGUCCAGGCCUCACUCCUAUGCUGGCACCCCCACCACGGCGAACACCUAAGCAACACAACUGUCAAUCGUGUGGGAAGACCUUCUCCUCAGCAAGUGCACUCCAGAUACAUGAGCGCACCCAUACUGGUGAAAAGCCAUUUGGUUGCACAAUCUGUGGUAGAGCUUUUACCACAAAGGGGAAUCUCAAGGUUCAUAUGGGAACUCACAUGUGGAAUAAUGCCCCUGCAAGACGCGGCCGCCGACUAUCUGUGGAAAAUCCCAUGGCAUUGUUAGGUGGUGAUGCACUGAAGUUCUCUGAAAUGUUCCAAAAGGAUUUGGCAGCUCGGGCAAUGAAUGUUGACCCCAAUUUUUGGAACCAGUAUGCUGCAGCUAUCACAAAUGGACUUGCUAUGAAGAACAAUGAGAUUUCAGUCAUACAGAAUGGAGGCAUUCCACAACUCCCAGUAAGUCUAGGUGGAAGUGCCAUUCCACCCUUAAGUAACAUUACAAGUGGUAUGGACAAAGCUCGCACAGGCAGCAGCCCUCCUAUUGGUGGCCUGGACAAAGCAAGUUCAGAAACAGGAGCCAGUCGUCCAUUCACAAGGUUUAUUGAGGAUAACAAGGAGAUUGGUAUAAAUUAAAUGCGAGAAAUGUGAAUAACUCUUGGGACUCUUAAUCAACACAUUUGUUCUAUUUCAUGUACAAAUUUGGAAGUUUUAAGCAUUAGUCUUAUGAUCUAAAUGCCUAGGUUCCCUUUAAAAUUUUAUCCAUAGCAGAAAAUACAUUAACUAUGUGGCUGCUGAAAAGUUGUCUUGCAAGAGCUGCAUGGUACUUCUUUUAACAGUGAGUUUGACUGUUAUUGAGAACUCUGAAACCUUUAAAAUUUAAGUUAACAAGGAGUCAAUGGAAACUGCAUUAGCAACUGAAAGAGGUUAGACCAAGUCCACUUUGUUUCUUAUAAAACUUAAUGAUCACCUAAGAGGGAAAAAAGAAAAAAAGAGGGGGUGGGGGGGGCUUCACUGCGGCAUUCUGGUCAAACUUAUUUGCUGGUUCUGUUCAAAUUAGUUAGAAACUUGAACUAUGUUUUUAGAAAUCUUAAUCUUAAAUAAGUGAUUUAGUACCCCCAUGCUGUGUAUUAUGACAGUAUCCUUGUCUGUAGUAUUUAUAAUGUUAAGAUUAUGCGGGUAACAGACAAUAUACUAGCCCCAUCCUUAAAUGAAGCUUUUGUACUGCAAAAUACAUCUGGCUAUGUGAUUUUUUUUUAAAAGGAAGAUUUGUUUUACUAUAAGUAAGUGGUUUAUUUCAAUGCAGGCAAAAUUGUGAAGUUUUAUUGGGAAAGAUAGCAUGCUUUUCAUGUGCAAGUACCUGUCAGUAACAAAUCUUUUUUUAUUUAAAUAUUUGUAGCUGCUAUGUGGACAGUUGUUCUAUUAAAUGAAAAAUGUAGUGUGGUCUGUAGCUCAAUGAUUGGAAAACAAGUUACAGACAAACCUUAUCACCAUAAAUUAUUCACAACAUUAUAAACAGUUGUGAGUAAAUAUUUCAUGUUAUCAAAGUUGUACAAUAAAAAGGUAAUGUUUGUAUAAUGUGGUUGCAAACUCUUAAUUUAUACUAUUGCACUUUUAGUAUUUUGUAUUAGGGAGGUUUGUCUAUAAUUUGAAAAUGAAAAAAUAUGUAAACUAUUUUAUAAAUAGUACUUUGGUUUAAGGAAAAUGAAAAAAAAAACCUGUUACAGUUUCUUGUUUUGUCUUAAGGUCAAAUAAUAUGAGAGAUCUAUGCUACUUAAAUAGAAAAGCCACCAAGAUUUGUCAGAUCCUCAGUACAAUAGGGCCUGCCAUUUCUGAAAUUGAAAUGAUUUAUUUAACUUUUCUACAAAGCCCAUUAAAAACUGUGACCACCCCUAACAAAACUUUGAUGAAUUAAUCUUAGGAUGUGACAUCAAUGCAAGCCCAGGAAACAGUAAAGAGAACAUUGUGUAGGUUUAAUUUUACUGUAAUCUGUUCUGUCUCUUUCUCACACACCCACAAACAAGAUGUUGACUGCCUCACAGCACUGGUAUUAUGUACAAUAAACUGGGAAGAAAUAUUAAGUGUCUGGCAGUAUAAUCAGUCAUAACUGUAAAAUAUUCCAAAUUCCCAAUUUGCUGAUUAUUGUCUCAGAUUACAACAAAGCACAAUGUCCUCUGAUUAUUCUUAUACCAUUUUAUGCUGAUUACUUUGUUCAAAUGACAUCAGAUAGCUAAAGGGACUGGUUCCACUCCUCUUAAGCUAGGAUGCUGGUGAGGCUGGGGCUUAAUCAAAACUUGAACAGUAAAUGUUUUGUGUACUACCUCAUUUUUGUGCAUUACAAGCAUGGUGGAGUCUGACACUAUGAACUUCCGUCCAACAAAAUUGUUCAAGGGACAUCAUGGGUAGCUGGGUAACAGUGCAAGGAGUUGUAUGCCCCUGAAGAAAGAAUCAGACAGUGAGGUCUUCUUGGUUAAGACUGAAAAAAAUAGGACAAUCUCUUAUACCACAAAAAAAAAAUUACUGUAAGAAGAUGGACUAUUUCUGCCAUCGUGUAACUGAAUGAAAAGAGUUUUGAAGACUUGUUAGCUGUUUAUUUCUAUUGGAAAUGAACAAUGAACUAUACAGCUCUGUUUUCUACAGUGGUGAAAUAGAACUUCCCCAUGUUAUGCCAUCUUUUACCACAGAAUGUGGGGGAUCUGGGGGUUUUCCAAACAUUGGAAAAAGAAAACUGAGGUGGCUUAAUGUUGCUGUAAUUCAGCAGUUGAAUGUUUUUAUUUAUAUGUGUCAUUUUUGGUGUGAAUUUUUUGUUAGUAUUUGGUACCAUGUAGUGUUAUCUCUUCUCCCUAAAGGAUGUGUAUAACUUAACAAAAGAGAGAUGUAAAGUGUUGUAAAUAAGAUGGUUGAUGAAGGUACAGUAAGACUGACCCCAUUUUGUAUUCAGGGUUAGGUCACUCCUCUCUGCAUGGUGAAGAGAGACACUAUUUUUAUACUGCGAUACCAUGUAGGGCUAGGAGCCUCCCUGAACCAACUGGGAAUUGUUACCUAGAUCCAAUAUUUUUUAUGAUUAAAUCUUGUUGGCUUGACACAUCUACUGAUUGAAAUGGAUGUCUUAGUCUAGGUUACUAUUUUUGUCAUAUGAAUUGAAUAAAAUGCAGGCUGUAAUAUUAUUUCUGAAUUGCGUUCCUUGAUUAUUCUGAUGGAAAAGUGAGAGUUGAGCUUAUGGUCAUUUGUGGUGGAUGUACAUCAAUGAUUUUUCUCUAACCUUCAUACAUGAAUGCCAUCAUA